AAAGUUUAAAAGUACCCAACAGCCUAUAAAAUCAGCCCCACGGGGAGAAUGAGAAACCAGCUAAAACCAGUAGCCUAAAAUCCAGUUUAAGAUGGAUUACGUUUUUCUUUCUUUCUUUUUCCCAUCACGGGAAUUUAAUUCCACAUCCGGCAUAGACUUUGCCUUCAGGUAAUUUUCUACAACGUAAAAAACAAACAAACAGAUAAGUGCAGAAAUGGCGUUCUUCAAAUCUCCCUCCUUAUUCUUAAACCCCAGGAAGAUGGUUUCGAUAGGCAAUUAAAACUUUGAGGGAGAAAAUAUAGGCCGCUGCUGUCAUCCCCUACCUAACCCGAUUCAACAAACCUGCUGCUCACCUUAGGACCGCUUCAGUUAUUGUUUGCUAAGUGUCAUUAUUGAAUCAGUGCCACCAGCAGGGGUCAGAGGGUGCACAAUUGAUUUAGCCCUUCCGUCGUGCACGUGCUUUUUACACUCUAGCCAACGUAAUUAGCAUUUCUAAUAUGCCUAUGCUACAUCAGUGCCAGUUUGAUGAAUUAUCGUCCAGCGUUGGCUUGCUCUGCCUGCUAGCGACAAACCUGCAAACGCGUUAUAACGAAAUGUCCCCUCCCCUCUUUCUGCGGUCCGCGCUGCUGAAAAACCGCCGAGUUUCGCGCCCUGUCUCGGUUUUCUGCUCAAUCCCAUUCGCCGAGAAAAAAAAGAGAAACGGUUCAUUUCCAUAUUACCUUUUCCAACAUACUCCGCCCGUCUCCUCUCCUCCAUCCGCAUGGCGAGGCUGAUGCUGAUGCGAGCGUAUAGUUAGCAUCUUCUCAUUCACUCCCUCUGGCUCCACACGUCCAUGUGCGGCUCUCAUCAUUCUCCUAACACGCUUCCCUUUCUCUUUCAACUCCAUUGUAUAAUAUAUUCUCUCUUUUUUAAUACAAAGCCUAUUUUUUCAGCUCUCCCUCUCCACCCUCUAAAAUUCCAUUGAUGAACGCUUUUAUUUUAUUUCAUUUAGUGUCGGGGGUUAUGUGAAUGGGCUGCAGCUGGUGUUACCAAACGUCUCGCUGAUCUUUCGUCAGUCACCUUUUUCGCUCGAAUUCGGUUUUAAGUCACGUCCCGCCUCGAACGCGAGACGCUCUCGUGUCUCGCCGCGAGAUACGGUUUCUCGAAUCGGCCUCGCCUCGAGUCUACAACUUGAUUGGAUUGAGCGCGUUUGUGUUAGUUGUUUUCAUUGUCUGAACUGUCAAAUCAAGAACGGCACCGCUGUACGGCUCGCGCGCACCGCCGCUGCUCCGUGGAGACUUGAGCCGCGCGCGCACCGAACGCGUUCACUGUGAAUUAAACCGAACUACAGAAGAGCAAGUCCACAGCGAGUACGCCGGAAUCCACAAGCCGUCUUUGCGCAAAGUUGCUUGUCAGAUUUCCCUCAGCCUAUACAGGAGCCGCUCAACAAAAUGAACCUCUGUUAACGCACGUCUGUCUGUCAGAGCAGAGGCAUAUUGAUCGUCAUCUCUGCGACUGGUGGACACAGUUACCGCUACACUGCCACCAUGCUUCACUUGCGCCUUCCGUCGACCCCUUUCUCCUUAACUCCUUGCCUUUCCUCUCUCCUCCUCCUGAUCUUCCUCUUGGGCCUCGCCCAUCUCUCUCAGGCCGGUGGUGACGCAUCCCACAGCAGCCCAGGGAACUGUUCAGGGGAGGACAGCUGCUCUGAGGGUGUCGUCCUGCCAGUAUGGAACCCCCAGAACCCCUCUGUUGGCGACAAGGUGGCCCGUGCCAUCGUCUACUUUGUGGCCCUCAUCUACAUGUUCUUAGGCAUGUCCAUCAUCGCAGACCGGUUCAUGUCAUCCAUCGAGGUGAUAACGUCUCAAGAGAAGGAGAUAACAAUCAAGAAACCCAAUGGAGAGACCACCACUGCCACCGUACGCAUCUGGAACGAGACAGUCUCCAACUUGACCCUCAUGGCUUUGGGAUCAUCGGCUCCUGAGAUCCUGUUAUCCGUGAUUGAGGUCUGUGGGCACAAGUUUGAGGCUGGUCACCUGGGCCCAAGCACAAUUGUGGGUAGCGCUGCCUUUAACAUGUUCAUCAUCAUUGCCAUCUGUGUUUACGUGGUCCCAGAUGGUGAGGUACGCAAAAUCAAGCAUUUGAGGGUCUUCUUUGUGACAGCAGCCUGGAGCAUAUUCGCCUACAUUUGGCUCUACUUGAUCCUCUCUGUUUUCUCUCCUGGGGUGGUGGAAGUUUGGGAGGCUGUGCUUACUUUCCUCUUCUUUCCACUCUGUGUGGUUCAGGCCUGGAUCGCUGACCGUCGUUUGCUCUUUUACAAAUACGUCCACAAGCGCUACCGUGCUGACAAGAACCGUGGCAUCAUCAUUGAGACGGAGGGUGACGGCAUGUUCACCAAGAUGGACAUGGAGAUGGACGGCCAAGGUGCCAAUUCCCACCACAAGGAGGCGCUUGAUGGGAUGCUGGCUGGGGUGGAGGAAGGAGGUGGUGGAGGAGGUGGAGGGGAAGAAGAGGAGGCCAGGAGGGAGAUGGCUCGGACGCUGAAGGAACUCAAGCAAAGACACCCAGAAAAGGACAUGGAGCAGCUGAUCGAGAUGGCAAACUAUCAAGUGCUGGUGCAACAACAGAAGAGUCGAGCUUUCUAUCGCAUCCAGGCCACUCGCAUGAUGAUUGGAGCGGGGAACAUCCUCAAGAAGCAUGCUGCAGACCAAGCCAGGAAAGUGGUGAGCUGCCAUGAGGCUAAUGCCCAGGAAGAAGACCCUCACACCAUCUACCUUGAGUUUGAGCCCUCUCAUUAUCAAUGCUUUGAGAACUGCGGCUCUUUAAAACUCUCUGUGACCCGACAUGGUGGAGACAGCGGCUGCACUGUCAAGGUUGACUAUCGCACAGAGGAUGGCACCGCUAACGCAGGAUCAGACUAUGAAUUCGCCGAGGGCACUCUGGUCUUUAAACCAGGUGAGACAGUGAAGGAGCUGACAGUCGGCGUGAUUGACGAUGACAUAUUCGAAGAAGAUGAGCAUUUCUAUGUACAUCUCAGCAACCCUCGUGUAGUCCACCGUGCCGAGGUCUCCGUCCUCGACCCCAAUGCAGUGUCUCCAGGCAACAGCAUUAUAGGGUCCAGCCACGUUCCUCCCAAAGCUGCCCUGGGUAACGCACAUACCGCAACGGUGACCAUUUACGAUGACGACCAUGCGGGGAUCUUCACGUUCGAGAGCAAUUCUACACGGGUGAGCGAAAGCGUGGGCAUCAUGCAGGUGAAGGUCCACAGAACAUCUGGAGCGAGGGGGAAGGUGGCAGUACCGUACCACACUACUGAAGGAACCGCCAAAGCUGGAGAAGACUAUGAUGAGGUGGCCGGCAAACUGGAGUUCCUCAAUGAUGAGACCAUGAAAAUCCUGGAGGUGAAGAUCAUUGAUGAUGAGGAGUAUGAGAAGAACAAAACCUUCACCAUCCACCUGGGGGAGCCGGUCCUGCUGGAGAUCGGGCAGAAACACGGAGACUCCAAUGAUAACAAACCGGCGGUAGGGGCAGAGGAAGAGGAGGUGGCCAAGAUGGGGUGCCCGAGUCUGGGAGAGCACACCAAACUGGAAGUGGUGAUAGAGGAAUCAUACGAGUUUAAGAAUACCGUCGACAAGCUCAUAAAGAAGACUAACCUGGCGCUGGUGGUGGGCAGCAGCAGCUGGAGAGAACAGUUUGUCAGCGCUGUGACUGUCAGCGCAGGUGACGAUGAUGAAGAGGAGAGCGGAGAAGAACGCUUGCCCUCAUGUUUUGAUUACAUCAUGCACUUCCUGACAGUUUUCUGGAAGGUUCUGUUUGCCUUCGUUCCACCUACAGAGUACUGGAACGGCUGGGCCUGCUUCAUCGUCUCCAUCACGCUCAUCGGCGUCCUGACCGCUGUUACUGGAGAUCUGGCCUCUCACUUUGGUUGUACAGUAGGCCUGAAGGACUCUGUCACAGCUGUGGUGUUUGUGGCCUUGGGUACAUCUGUGCCUGAUACCUUCGCCAGCAAGGUGGCAGCCAUCCAGGACCAAUACGCCGAUGCGUCCAUUGGAAAUGUGACAGGUAGUAAUGCAGUUAACGUCUUCCUGGGUAUCGGAGUGGCGUGGACCAUCGCUGCCGUGUACUGGCACAGUCAGGGCAAAAAAUUCCAGGUCCCGCCGGGGUCGCUGGCGUUUUCCGUCACCCUCUUCACCAUCCUGGCACUGCUUUCUGCCGUGACACUACUGUACCGCCGCCGGCCCUCUGUGUCCGGGGGCGAGCUGGGGGGCCCGCGAACCGCCAAGCUGCUCACCGCGUUCCUCUUCCUCAUGAUGUGGCUCAUCUACAUCCUGCUGGCCUCGCUGGAGGCUUACUGCCACGUGCCUGGCUUCUGAGAAAGUUCCUAAGAGAGAUGUACUCUUUGCUGUAAAACCUCCCAUCAUUCUUCCUCUCUGCUUUUGUGUAUAUGAGAAGUCUAAAAUGAGUGUUUACAUCUGUUCUUACUGAUUAUUAUCGUUGUUGAAACUGAACUCACAUCCUCACUUCGCUAACACUGACGUGGAUAUCUAGAUGAGUGUCAGUGGAGGAUGAUAGAGGCUCUGUGGUUUCAUGCACAGCUUCUCUUUAUAGAUGGAUCUCUCUUACAUGGUGUCUGCCACACUCUGGAUAUUCAGACACAGCAACUCUCUCCAGAAUACUCUCCAGAGAGCCCCCUCAGCGUUUUUCUUGCUUCAGUGCUGUUUUUUCCAAGGAUGGUCCUUUACGCCUCACUUCGAUAUUCUCUCAGAAAUUCUUCUUCUAUUAUUCUCUCUUCCCUCCAAGUCACUGUCAAUAGACUCAUUCCCACUGCAGAGAUUUGGGCAUGCUUCACACCUCUACCUACCCUCAAGACAUGAACACUCUGUUUCAUGUGUCUCCUCUUGCCUGUUAUGGAAGCUCCCCGCAGACAUCCGUACCAAACUAUGGCGUUCAUUUUUCACAACUAUAAUUUCAGCUCAAGUGAUCCGGUGAGGGCUGAGCAUCUCAAAUUGCCAAUGCCCCCAAUAUGACCUUUGCCCAUAACCCUGGCCAAGUUCUACUCAAAUAUCUAUAAAUAUGCCCCAGAGCUACCGACAACUCUGACCUCACCCUCAAUAAUGACACAACAACUUCCUCAAUAUUAACCUCACCUCAGUGUCAUCGCAGACCCUGCCUAGUAUUACUUAUAUCAUUUUUGACCCGUGACCCGGCUUUAUCACUACAAACAGCGCACAGUCUUCUCUUCUGACUCCAUGCAAUACAUUACCUAUGCCACACCUUUUAACCUCUGGCCAACCCCAAUAUUACCAUACCUUAUUUACAUAACCAAUUCACAACAAACAACACCUUCUUCAGGUAUGACCCCACCCCACCCUACAUGUGCCACACCCCUUUCAUCUCUGACUCCACCCCUGAAUUAUCUACAGUAUAUCAUGUAUUUCCCCCUCUGAUCCCACCUUCUUCAUUUGUGGCCCCGCCCCAAUAUUAUCUAUACCACACCCUCUUCAUAUCUACUAUUUGCUGGUAUUGUAAAUCUUGUGUUUUUUUAUCAUUUAUUCAUUUAUUUUUGCCAUGCUACUGAAAUUAUGAAGUCAAUACAAGGAUUGUAAGAAGGAAAGAAAGAUCUCUUUUCAAUCUUUUCUGGUUAUUUUAAACCUGAAGAGAUACAUAAUUUGCAUGGUACAUUAGUGAUAGAAGUUGAAUGGAGACCAAAAGAAAUAGUUUAACAGUGACAUAAGAACCAAGGUGUUGGUGUUUAUUCAUGUGAUAUUUAUUGAUAUUUAUUAUUAUGAACUACGUAUUAUGUGGGGAAAUAUUGUAGGCUGUGUGUGUGCGAGAGCAUGUAUUCGAAUGAGCGAGUACAACAGCUUUGACAAAACAUAUGUGUCCUGUGUGCCAAUCUGCCGAACAGUGUUCAAAGUCUUUGCAUCUGACUAUUGAGUGUCUGAAAGUAUGAAAGUGUGCAAAACUCAAGCACAGUGAAUUUUGUGUCUGUCCCUGCCGCGCUCAGGAGUUUCAGGCUCCCAUGCUGUGAGCUUCUGGAUUCUUUCCCAACAUUCAUGAAUUUACAAAUGGCUGCAGCUUUCAUGUGGUUCAUUCUUUGGUCCUAAAAUAUGCAGUGACUGUCCUGUUCUACCAAGCCAUGUUCUACAGCUUCACUGUGUCAAGCUUUUAGCUCUGUUCACUACUGAAGGCAUUGCGUCAUUGAGUCAUGUGGUUCUGUUUGAACACAACAUGGGUGCCUUGAUAUCAACAGUGAAAUGUCUCUAGGCCGCACAGUAGUUCUGUCACUGAGUUUGCACUGACAACAUGGCGAAAAUUAUAAGUUGAGUUCAUGCACAAUACCCAUAUUUUAUCCGUGAAAUACGAGUCCCUCACUUUCGGUGCAUAAACCCUGAGCGUAUCUAAUUAUUCAAGCACUUACCUCUCCUGAUAGCAUCGGCGCCACCUAAUUUGCGUUUAUGUGCAUGGUUAACGUAUAAUGGAUUGGUUUCCAGUUCAAUUUCAGUUUGCUCUCUUUAAUCAGUGUCCUCCAUCUGCUCCUUAACUAAUAAGACUUGGUUCAUUUCCAGUUAGCCAGGAGUUAAACCUGCUUAGUUAGCCCAGUUCUCUAUCCCAUACUCUUCUUUGCUAAGCGAUACGGUGAUUACGGGUUUCAGUUUGCAGAUAUUACAUAAUUGUUUACAAGGGGUAAUGUGUCCCCAUUUUCCCAGCUAUCAGCCAUCUGCUUGGGCCAACCUGGGACACAUGCUAUAGGAAAUGAAAAGUUAUAGCUGUAGGAAAUUCUCACUAUUAGGGGCCCCAGCAGACCAGUGCUUCAAACUUUUUAAUGGACUAAAUAAAAGUCAUUUUAAAGAGCUCUCUGAAAAAUGGUAAGAGGGAACGCAUUACCUGAUUUAUAAUGACGCCAAUGGCCAAAUGCACUGUUUUGGAAGGGUGCUAUCUGUUAUGACGACACUGUUGGCUUAAAAGAGGCUGGCCUGCUACAGCCCUCCAUUUUCAUGAAUGAUAAACCAUAAAAAUCUACAGUCAGCCAUCUAUGGUAAUGUUGCAAGUGCUCUGCUUACUUUCUUACACAAUGUGUGACGCGAAAGUGGGCGAAACAGAUGUACAUACAGUCCGCAUUUAUACCGGCAUAUGUGUAUUUAUACAUUCCAAUGAUACCAGAUUAAAAAAAGCACAGAGUGAUGUAUUUUUAGUGCUUCUUGUUGCUAGGCGACGUCUUAAAGAGUCAUUGUCUUUCUGUCAUUAUGUUGUCUGGUGUCAGUGCUCUAGGGUGGGCGGAGGGGGGGGAUCCGUAGAUUGUAAUUACUUUAUAAGGUCACUCGCAUCUCUCUCCUUAUAUCUGGCCACACAGGGUUAAUGAACUUAAAAGGUUCCACCCUAAUUCAAGGACAAUUCUUAAUUAAGAACCUUAAGUUGCUCCUGAGAGUUUUGCGUCAUAUUAGUAUAAGCUUUGUCUUUGUGGAGAGCAGAGCAAUUAUUGAUCUCCCUGAGGAGACAUAACAUAACACAGCAGCCAUAGUUGCAUCAAACUAAUCAGGUUUUCAAGAAAAAUUUUAAAUAAUAAUAAUAAUAAAUUACCAACAACAGAGGGUUAUGGUGGCGAAUCUCCGUGUAGUGCUAAGAAGCCAGCCGAUAACCUUGACGAAAAAUACCUUACGAGAACAUAUUGUUCAAGAAAAUCUGUUUAUGUGGACCAGAAAGGACCAUCUCUUAUGGUGUAAGCCUAAAGCAUUGUGACUGAAUUAUGAUCAAAUAUCAGUAGUUGUGCACAGAAACACACUUAAAGUCAGACUUCACUCCUGGAUAAUUUUCUCUUUCAGUGGAAAACAAUAUAAGUUUUGUCAAUACACUUAAUGUCACCGGGGACCAGAAUAUCAAUAAACCCCAUUAAUUUUAAUUGUAUGGGGAAAAUGAAAGACAGAAAAAAAUAACAAAAGCAUAAUUUUUGAGGCCAGUCUCAUGAAAAUGCAUAAAAAUAGUCUGGCAAAUAAAAACAAAAACCCAUGGUAUUGAUAUGCAAAAACUGACUUGGCAUGCAUGUAAUACGCAGUUCUCACAUACAUAUGAUACGAAAUUUGUUGGCAUGCAUAUGAUAUGCCGUUUUCUUGUACAUAUGAUACCCAUCCACCCCACAACCCUAACCCUACCGGUCGUGUAGCAUAAACAUGCCAAAGUCCAUUUUUGCGUAUCAAUACCACAGCUUUUAGUUUUUAUUUAGUGCACUGUUUAUACACACUUUCACGAUAUUGGGUGCCUUUAAAUGUGUAUCCACACGUAUUUACCCUUAUUUGAUCUUAAAUCGGUCUCCAUUUCCCCAAAACACCCUCGCACCCAAUCAAAAUGACCUUGAAUAUCGGAUGUUCAUGGUCCGUCAUAGCAUGCUCGUUUCAUUCUUGUACGUCAGAGUGCUUGUGUCGUGUGAACGUCCCGGUGUCACACGUGCUCUCUUGUGAUACUUCAAUCUUAAAGCAUGUCUUUUCUAUGUGUGUGCAUUCGUCUUCUAAAGAAAACUGCAUUUCUCUUUAAUCACGAACAUUGAAAUAUUUACAAAAGAAACGAACUGUGUUUGGUUUUGUAUGUAUUGCUAUUUGAUAAAUUACUGUUUUAAAUGACUUUGUUUUUUUUAAAGCCAAGUGUUCUUUACUUCGUUAUAUGACACUAUUGUUGUCUUGAGAUAUGUUCUGUACUGAGACAAAUCUAUAUUUUGGGUAAAAAAUGUAAGUGCUGCAUAGAGUACUUUAUCAUCAUCUUCACGACAACAAUAACUACAACAACGACAAAAUAAUUUAUGUUCUCAAUGUUGUAUCUAAAACUAUGUGUGAGGGAGAAAGGGUGUGAUUUUCUGUGAGUUCAUUAAAGCUGUAAUGUGAAGGGAAACUACAGUAUUUUGCCAAAAGAUGGAGAAUGAGUCUCUGUUUGUAAUGCGUAAAACUCUGUUUCAUAUUUAAUUUAUUAAUGAGUACAUUAAAGUUGGAAUUGUAUAUUA